AUGACAGGCGAUGAAGGAAAGCCCCGAUGCCGAAACUGCAUUGACAAGGGUUUUCAAUGUCAGUACGGGUCGCAAUUGACUUUUCUUACUAAGAAUGUCAUCACUGUCUCUACACCAGAGGUGCCGCGGACUUAUUCCACUAUCAAAUUUGUUUCUGAAGAUCCCCAGAGCAUCCUAAAUGAGAGCUCUUCCUGGGAGGAUGAAGACCCCUUGACUCCCACCGAUGUGCCGGAAUUCGCCGAAUCACGUCCGAUUUCUGUUCCACCUCCUGCUAUCGGCGCUAUCACAACAGUGCUUCAACAAGACGAACAGACACCUCAUGAAGAUUCAUCAUUUCCGCAUUGGGCGCAUUGCGAAAGCGAAAGUCCAGGUCUUGAUCUUGAUCCGAGGCUUUCAUUCUACUCUCCGCAGGAUCAGCCUAGUAAUCCGUCCUAUCAUCACCAUGAGGAUCACUUGCGGCAUGAUACGCUGCCAGUACUCUCAAGAGGACUACACCCUGAACCUGAAGUUAUCAGCCCGGUUGUGCUCGAUCUAUGUGACAUGUACCAAUCCUUCGGCAUUGCGGCAUUUCAAUACGCUAUAGACUCAGAGCAAAUAUUCCGUGCGCUUAUCUUAUUGUCCGAAGCCUCGCUUCGUAACAGGAAUUUGGAUGGGCGCUCGUUAGCAGAGCAGUCUCGGUCUCACUCAUCGCGGGACAUGUCGUCCUUAGAGCUUGACUACAAUGAAAGUGGUGAUGGCAAUCAUUCGCUUAUGACGAUUGCACUAACAACGAUCUUUCGAAGGGCGCACGUCUUCGUCUCUAAUUUGUCUCGCGCAUGGUCGACGAAUGAUUUCGCACUAGAUAUGGAUGUUGUUAGCUCACUUAUUAUGGAUAUUGCUACUUCGAAACCAACAGCUGCAAUAUAUUGGCUAUUUCUGCGACUGGAGCUUAGUAGUGCACUAGCAAAUGACGCUACGAUACAAUUUCCUCUCCCACUAUCUCUUCCAUGGGAGCCUCUUGACAUUUUCCCGGAGACGAUGGAUUCAUUAGCAGGACUUACAUGGCGUCUAUCCAAUUACGCUCAUCGACCGCUGAUGAUACUCGGACAAACUAUGCAACUGAUAUCCAAAGAUGGAGGAGGAGGCUUUGCUCUACCCGGUGCGAAUCAUAUCGAUAGCUGGAAACAUCUCAUAAACGAGCUUGAGCGUUGGCGCAAGCAACGACCAGAAGAAUUUCGUCCUAUUAUGGAGUUGCCCUCUUCUUCAGUGGAGCCAGACUCAAGCUUUCCGACCAUAUUAUUCACUAAUGGCGCUGGUAUUUUCGGUAAUCAGCUUUAUCACACGGCCAUGUUGCUACUUCUACUAGACAAGCCCCGUACGGUGCGACUGAAUUAUCUCCCUCCGUUUGUGUUGUCGCCGUUGUGGCAUGCACAAUGUAUCUGCAGUAUAUCUCUGAAUGAUGAUCGUCGCGAGUGCUGGGAUCCUUGCUUGCUGGCGUCUUUUCUCUUCGCUGCUAAGCGAAUGACUCAUGAGAUUCAGCAGCAAGAUAUUCUUCAUGGUCUGAAUCGCAUCCAGAGUCUGACGGGAUGGGAUAUCCGAGAGCAUGUGGUUGAUUUGCAGCAAAAGUGGAGUUUGUUAAACGCGGUUUGA